AUGGAUUCUGCCAUGAAUCCUUCUGUUCCGGAAUCUACAGCGCCAACAGCCCCUUCUCCAACAAAGAAACAUGUGAAGGUGGAGAUUGGAAACGGAGGACCACCGUCUUCUUCUACUAGGGCGACUCUUAGGAAAUUAUCGUCUAAGAGGAAAGUUGGGGAAGAAUUGAUUGAACUACAGCUCCCAAGAGUCCAGAACUUGCAACCAUGUCAGAUGAAGAGAGCCUCAACAAAGUUCGUUCCUUCUUGAUGGAAGGGAUGCAUUUACUGAAUGAAGUAUCUGCUCGCACUCGAACACGUGCUCAAAUUCUUACGAACUAGCAGCUUAGGUUUAAAGAGGAUGUUCAAGCAUUGAAAGGUCUACAUAGUAGUCGUGAGCAAUUGGAAGAGGAAGCUAAAAAACUUCGGGAGGAGGUACUAGGCUUGUCCAAGAGGAAUAAGCACUUGGUGAAUGAUCUGAGUGAGAGCAUCUACUAUCAAGCGAGUUCAAGAAAAUGAAUCAAUAUCUUCAAAUUAAAGUUGAUGAUGUUGUUGCCCGAUGCUUGGAAGCGAGUAAGGCACUAGAGGGAAAAUCCUAACAAUUCAAGUCUCUGAAGCUCCGAUAUACCGAAAAGGUAUCACAACUGGAGUUUGCUUAUUCUGACAAGGACAUGCGCAUUAAAUUGUUAGAGGAAGACCUUGCUGAUCGGAAGGUCCUUAUUACCAAGAAAGAUGCUCAGAUCAUGUCCCUUACUAAAUCCCAAUCCUCCAUCAACCAAGAUGAGUUGAAGCGUUAAAGCAAUGUCCAAGGGGUAUUUGUCUGAUCUGCAAUGGGUGAUGAAGGAAGGUAUUCCUUCAUUUGUUAGGGAUGUACUAAAUUUCAUCGGAUUCUGGUGAUGUCAACGCUGCUAUUCAAACUGCGGCUAUCCAACUUGGGUUGCAUCAAGUGUGCAUUAAAAUGAAAGAAAAGUAUGACGAGGCUUUGGAGGGCAAAAGCAUUAUUUUUUCUUAUCCUGAUGCCCAACGCUGAAUCCUCGACCGUUUUAUUGAUAUGAUAACUUAUAAGUAUUCCUUGUUUGAUAUUUUGGAGCGAGAUAAGGUGGAUGUGAAUCUGUUGAAAGAAAAGAUGAAUGCAUUGGAUCCGUCUUGCAGCCGUGAUGAUACAGGUGCUCAUGUUUGAUUGGGUUGGUGGUUUUUGUGUUAGGUGUUAUGUGUAACUGUUGGUUCCUGUUUUGAUGUACUUGAAUGAUGUUUUUUCUCUUGGUGACAUUCUUAUUUGGAUAUGUAACCCUUUUGGAUGACGAUAUCAAACAGUAUUAUGUAAUUAUAUCUACAUAUGUAUUUUUGUGACUUUUAUAUGUCAAUUUGAACUUUUCUCCCC